AUGGAUCCUGCCCAGCUGACUGAGCCCAGCAAGCUGGCCGAACCGAAAUACAUCAACUUCCCCAGCCUGCCCACUGAUGCCAAACACCCGGACGGCUCCCCCGCACUCAACCGGCACUCGUCGACGAUCACCAGAGGCCAUGAAUUUCCUGGCGCGCGGGCUAUGCUCUUCGCGGCCGGCGUUCCGGACAAGGAGGCAAUGGCCAAAAGCCCGCAUGUGGGCAUUGCUUCCGUCUGGUGGGAGGGCAACCCGUGCAACAUGCACUUGUUGGAUCUCGGCAAGACAGCCAAGAAAGCAAUUGUCGAGAAGGGCAUGAUCGGCUGGCAAUAUAAUACAAUUGGUGUCUCGGAUGCGAUCACAAUGGGCAGCGACGGCAUGAGAUUCUCGCUUCAGACUCGUGAGAUUAUCGCCGAUAGUGUCGAGACUGUUACCUGCGCCCAGUACCACGAUGCCUGUAUCGCGAUUCCCGGCUGCGACAAGAAUAUGCCCGGUGUUGUGAUGGGAAUGGCCCGGCACAACCGCCCUUCGAUCAUGAUCUACGGCGGUACAAUCAAUAUCGGUUACUCAAAACAUCUCCGGAAGCCCAUCAACAUCUCGACCUGUUUUGAGGCGGCUGGCGCUUAUGCAUAUGAUACACUCCGCCAGCCCGAUGAUGGUGGUGAUACUAGCAAGACAAAGGAUGAAAUUAUGGACGACCUCGAGCAGCACGCGUGCCCCAGUGCCGGUGCCUGCGGUGGUAUGUUUACGGCCAACACGAUGGCCACCGCCAUCGAGUCUAUGGGCCUAUCUCUGCCUGGGUCCUCGUCUACCCCUGCUUCGUCGCCGUCUAAAAUGCGCGAGUGUGUCCGCGUGGCUGAUGCCAUCAAGAUCUGCCUGGAGAAGAAUAUCCGCCCACGGGAUCUGUUGACCAAGCGGUCUUUUGAGAAUGCGCUUGUGAUGACCAUGGCUCUGGGCGGUAGCACCAACGGUGUGCUCCAUUUCCUGGCUAUGGCACGCACGGCGGGUGUGGACCUUACAUUGGAUGAUUUCCAGCGGGUUAGCAACAAGAUCCCCUUUAUUGCCAACCUAUCCCCCAGUGGCAAAUACUAUAUGGCGGAUCUCUAUGAAAUUGGCGGUAUUCCAUCCGUCCAGAAGCUGCUGAUCGCUGGGGGUCUCCUGGACGGUGGGAUCCCCACCGUCACCGGCAAGACGCUAGCCGAGAACGUGGAAUCAUUCCCGUCACUGCCGCAGGACCAGGCUCUUAUUCGCCCAUUGGACAACCCCAUCAAGGCAACGGGCCACAUCCAGAUCCUGCGCGGUAACCUCGCCCCCGGCGGAGCGGUAGCCAAGAUUACAGGCAAGGAGGGACUCAGCUUCACUGGCAAGGCUCGGGUGUUCGACAAGGAGAAACAGUUGAACGACGCCCUGGACGAGGGCCGCAUCCCACGUGGGGAGAAUCUGGUCCUGAUUGUCCGCUAUGAGGGCCCCAAGGGUGGGCCCGGCAUGCCGGAACAGCUUAAGGCCAGUGCCGCCCUGAUGGGUGCGAAGUUGACGAAUAUUGCUCUCAUCACGGAUGGCCGCUACUCUGGGGCCAGUCAUGGCUUCAUUGUCGGACACAUUACGCCCGAGGCGGCCGUGGGGGGUCCAAUUGGGUUAGUCCGCGACGGGGACGUGAUCACCAUCAGUGCCGAAACCAACGAGCUGUCUAUGGAUGUAUCAGAUGAGGAGCUUCGGGAGCGGCGCCGCCAAUGGUCGCCACCCGAGCCGCAGAUUACUCGGGGAGUGCUGGCCAAGUACGCGCGGCUGGUGGGCGAUGCGUCGCAUGGAGCCAUGACGGACCUUUUUUAG